CUGCCUGGUUCCUAAUGAGAGAUUAUACUCAGUGCUCGCUGCAGAUUUGCUUCUAUUGAUGCUUUCUGUAACGUCGCACACUGAUGUGUUCUUCGCCAUGGCAACAAUUUGAGCUGUUAACAAAACACUGGGAGGUGCGCAUGGUCAGUGAAUGUCCACCUCUAUGUUUUGACUCAACCCACCUCUUCACCCACCUUCCCUUCCUUCUGUCUCUUUUCAUCCUCUUUCUCAUCUUCAUUGCAGCAUAUCUACUUUUUAUGCGUUCCUCACCAGCGUCUUUAUUCACAGCUUUACCUCCGGACAGCCAGAUCAACUUACAAUCAGAUCUCACUUCCGACACCAAAAUGGCUGGUGUCUUCGCGACUCAGCAGCUAGAGAAGGUCGACGAGGCCGAGAGAGACGCGCGUAUGCUCCCUUCUGAUCACGCGCGAUUAGAAAUCGAUAACAUGUUACUCGAUCCUAUGGACACGAGUUCUAUCAAGUCCUCUCCUGCUCAGCAGCCAGAGACCAACUCUCAGCCUGUUGGCUCCAUUCCUCCGCAGAAUCAUGUUCAGACCUACUCUCAUCUCGGACCCUCUUUUGCCAAUGCCGUACCCCGCUAUGUUGCUACAAUUGAUGACCCGUAUCCCUGGGGUCCCCUGCUCAACUCCCCCUUCGUCAGACCUCGCUUUGCAUUCUCCCCGAAGUCUAGAGCUGCAAGCCGCAUGAAGUCCGAUCCAGUCGCAGUCGCAAAGCCACCCGUCAACAGAACCAAACCAAUAUCUUUUGCUGCGCGAAAUGGUUCUGCCUUCGUCGGUCUCAAUCACACUACGCGUCCCUUUUGGAAUAACCGGGUUGUGAAUGGUACCAGUCUUUUGACCGUUAACAUGCCCUCUCAAGGUCAAGCUCCUAAGUCCGACCGCUCUGCGUCUCUACUGUCUGGAUUCUCGUCUCUCCCUCGUAAGAGAUCUAUUGACGAGGGCGCUACGAGUAACCCACCUCGGACAGUCCUUGACGACUCCAACAACAUCCCUGUUACCCCUUCCGCCAAAUACCGUCGUGUGGACCAAAAGGGUUCCCGCUUGUCUCCUGUCCUGCCUGACGGGACCGCCCCGGCUAUGGCUGCUGGCCCUCAAAAUGGAGAAGCCUGCGGUAAGGCUGAUUCUGAAUCUACAGUCACCGAUAAUAGCGAUGGCAAUCUGUCUAUUCAUGCUGGAAACGCCAACCCAGCCGUUACCUCGUCUCCCAAGCACAAUGCGGUAGAUACUCUUAUUUCCGAAUCCAGAGUUCACGACAUCUCUGAAAGCCAGGCGAAUGUAGCACAGGCUACCACGCAACGUGCCGGAGGUUGUAACGACUCACAUCAAGUCACACCUCUUCCUAUCCCAACCGCGUUUAACGGUUCGGCGUCUCCGGAACGCCAAGACGGCCAGCAGACCACCGGGUCGUGGCAGGAGACACUCUACAAUGCACGUAAUAGUACUGUGGGCCGUGUAGUCAGAAAGGCUUUCAGUUAUGCUUGGUCAACUGUCACACGGCUCUUCAAACCAAGCGGCAUUUCGUCUCGUCGACCCGCUGCUGCUGUGUCAACUUCCCCGACUCGCGCGAACCUCCGUAACUUUUCAGAGCAGCAACGGCAGCAACUUAAGAGUCAUCAAUGGCGGAAGGAAAGAGGAUAUCCUACUGUCGAACACUAUCCAUUUCCAGAACUGUCUCUUGAUAUUCCACUCUACCCAGCUGGCGCUGCUUCUCAGACCGAAUCAUUGGCGAAAGUUCGCGGUUCUUCCGUAUCGGAGAAGCCUACUGGAACCCCGCGACAGUCUCGAAAGCGUAUCGGAACAUCUGGACCUCGUACCGUUUCGAUCGAGGGACGAAAGAAACAUGGAAAGGAGAAGCGAGCCCGUGUUGAGUCGCUCAGUCCGCGGCUCAAACGACGCCUGCUCGCGGGCACCCGACUCAGUCGUUGGAGAAACGCUCGCCGUGAGCGCGCUCUGGCCCAUGCACUUGAAACGACCGAACAUGAUGCAGUUCGGCCCCUGCAGCCGUCGGCCAAGGCAUUGAGCAUCAGUCGCAUUGAACCGAGACGCUCUACACUGAUUCAGCCUCGAGCUACUAUUGAGCCAAAGUCAAAACCGAAGCGCGUCCGGUUCCAGGAGCCUUUGACCGAAACUCCUACCCUCACAGCUCCAGCCCUCCUAACGGAGCUUGCCCCUCACCUCACCCCGCCCUCCCCUAAAAUUGACCGUGUUGCCCAACGGACAGAACAACAAAUUGUCGAAGAGAAAGAGAAUGUGCCCCCAGCUCCCGAAGCUGCUAAGAAAGCGGAACUUGCUGCGCGUGACGACGAACUUCGAACCAGACAUGAUGAAUGGCUUCGUACCGAGUUUCCAUUUGGGCGGCCGGUUUCCGCAGUUAGGCUUUUCUAUCCAGUUCAGAAGCCACUUCCGCCAGGUCGUACAGAGUCUAUUUACGCGGCUGAAUGGAGAAAGAUCGAAGAGGAACGAAAAGCGAAGCAAAAGCCUGCCCGAGUCAAACCAGAAGGCCCUGCUGUACGACCUCUCCCUCCUAAAUGGGAAGCGAAGGUUUCGGAGAUCAAGUCCAUGCCAAACAAUCGUCAGAUCGCCACUACCCUGUCCGGUGAUCCUCUGACCAAGAGAGAUCUUGCCACCUGCUACACUCCAAUGGCGUGGCUGAACGACGAAAUCAUCAACUCAUAUCUUGCUCUGAUCGUCGACUACUUGCGUCGUUCUCACGGAAACGCCGGGCGUCAUGACAAGCCCCGAUUCCACGCGUUUAACACGUUCUUCUUCUCAAACCUGCGCGACAAGGGCUACCAGUCGGUACGCCGCUGGGCAACUCGGGCCAAAAUCGGGGGAGAGGCUUUACUGAACGUCGAUACUGUGUUCAUCCCCGUACACAACAGUGCCCAUUGGACACUGAUCGUCGUCAGGCCGGGAGAGAGAACCAUCGAGCAUUUCGAUUCCCUUGGUUCUCUCUCCCGGCGCCACGUGGGAUUGGUGCAGGGCUGGCUCCGUGCCGAGCUCGCAUCCCGUUAUGUUGAGGAGGAGUGGACAGUCCUCCCGUCCAUCUCCCCUCAGCAGGAUAACGGCAGCGACUGCGGCGUCUUCCUCUUGUCGACCGCGAAGGCGGUGGCCAUCGGUCUCGAGCCACUAUCUUACGGUGCUAAGGACAUCGUCGUCCUGCGCCGUAAGAUAGUGGCCGAGCUGAUGAAUGGAGGGCUGGAGGGUGAUUUCGACCCCACCGGUGGGGGUGGAGAACCGCUGCUCUAAGCAGCAAAAUUUGUUUCCUUUUUUCCUUUCUGUAUGAGUAUCUGUGUUUUGUUUUGGGUUAGGGUCGUUGUCGUUUCAAGGGGAGAAAGAAGCCAGGAGAAGCACUUCGGUGCAUGAUGUAUGAUUACGGACCGGCAUAGACCGGCGGGGCCGCCUCCCUCCAAUGUUCGUUGCAUGUUUCGGGGCGCUUGGGACAGGAUGAUGGAACGAUGGAAUGGUCUGCAUUGUAUGAUUUGGAGAUACCAGCAUGGCGUUUAUGAUUCUUGGGGUUUGGCGCAUAUGUGCAUUUUCGGCUUCUGAUACCCCGUCAGUCGAAGCUUCGGCUCCUGACUUGAGCAUGCUUUGUGGUUUAUGAAAGCUCGUUCUUCAGCGUCUCUGCCUCCGCUUGUUUAUGUUUGUU